AUGUUCGCUGCUGCUACCAAGAGCUUUGUCAAGCAGGUUGGAGAUGGAGGGAGAUUAGUUCCUGUUCCAAGCCUCAGUGAAGCCGACAAGUACCAGCCUCUAAGUCUGGUGGUAAAAAAGAAGCGAUGCUUUCUGUUUCCUCGAUAUAAAUUUACCUCAACACCCUUUACACUGAAAGAUAUACUCCUAGGAGACAGAGAAAUUUCAGCUGGUAUUUCAUCUUAUCAGUUACUGAAUUAUGAAGAUGAGUCAGAUGUUUCACUCUAUGGACGUCGAGGCAACCAUAUUGUAAAUGAUGUUGGGAUUAAUGUUACUGGAUCAGAUUCCAUUGCAGUAAAAGCUUCCUUUGGUAUAGUUACCAAACAUGAAGUGGAAGUGUCAACAUUACUAAAGGAAAUUACUACACGAAAGAUUAACUUUGACCACAGCUUGAUACGUCAGUCAAGGAGCAGCAGGAAGGCAGUGCUGUGCGUGGUCAUGGAAAGCAUUAGAACCACACGACAGUGUUCGCUGUCUGUCCAUGCGGGAAUUCGAGGAGAAGCAAUGCGGUUUCAUUUUAUGGAUGAACAGAAUCCCAAGGGAAGGGACAAAGCUAUUGUUUUUCCAGCACAUACAACCAUAGCUUUCAGUGUUUUUGAACUCUUCAUUUACCUGGAUGGUGCCUUUGACCUUUGUGUCACUUCAGUGUCAAAAGGAGGAUUUGAAAGGGAAGAAACGGCAACAUUUGCAUUUCUCUACAGACUGAGAAAUAUACUGUUUGAAAGAAACAGAAGAGUGAUGGAUGCCAUUUCUCGCUCACAGUUUUACUUGGAUGAUCUUUUUUCUGACUACUAUGAGAAACCUCUCAGCAUGAGUGAUAUUUCACUCAAGGAAGGGACUCACAUCCGAGUUAACUUACUCAAUCACAACAUUCCUAAAGGGCCUUGCAUACUCUGUGGAAUGGGGAACUUAAAAAGGGAGACGGUCUAUGGCUGCUUUCAGUGUUCUGUGGAUGGACAGAAGUAUGUUAGACUUCAUGCAGUCCCUUGUUUUGAUAUUUGGCACAAGAGAAUGAAAUAAAAAGAAAAA